UACUCCUAAAAGAAGCUGCAUAGCUUUUGUAUAUCUUUGUGGUUAAGGGCGUUACAACUGCAGGUCAAAAAGUUGAGGGUCAAAAGUUUACGUUUUGCACCGCUCUUAGUCAUCCGCCCAGACAGAGUUUGAUGUCAAUGUUAUAGCCGAGAUCUUGACUAUCAGCACAAAAGAUAAAAUAGCUUUGAGUUACGUGUGUAUCACAGUAUGGACUCCAGGUGAACUCUAGUGGUUGAAUGACCUCAAUUACCGAGGAAAGGAUAGAAAAUUCCUCUUUUCAAGAGUAAUACACGUUGUAUUUCAUCUUGAAUUAUCUGCCACUUUUGUGUCUGAGGAUCUCUGCCUCAGCUGCACCAGGUAAACAUGCAUGCUUCCCCUCCCCCCCCCCCGCAAAAAAAAGCUUCUGUUGAUAGCUGUGUUCUUAUAUACCGCAAGCAGGUAACAAAAGCUUUCCUGCUCGUUUAUUAUUAUAAGUGCCUGCUCACGGGUUUUAACGUUAAGCCUUCUCGCUGUGCAAAAUGGCAGGGAGAUAAGAUAGCAGCCAACCUAUUAACAUGGGUAUUGAUCCUCGUAGCGUCUUUGUUUUCACUCUAAUUUCUGCAGUGACCACUAAACUGUACUUAAACAGGACAUAUUGGAAAUCGUGCUUUCAAGUUAUAUGUUUAGUCCGAGAGGGCUCGUUUCCUAUUCAAAGCGACGGGGCCAUCUUGUAUUACCAAUGGAGAUUCCAGCUGAAAAACUGACCGGAUUGCAGCGUCCCAUCGUUUGGAGGGGUGGCAAAGCUUGCUAGAAUUGCUCUGAGAUAGCAAUUCAUAGCUAACCGCGUCUCAGGCCAUUUUUAUAGCGGAAUUUCUUUGUUUAGAGCCUAAUUUCCAUGUGGCUGAGAAUUUUUCUUGUUUCCAGUACUGGAGCAGGGGUGAAGAAUUUGGCUCUUAGGUUAAGUAGGGCAAUAACAAAGCCACGCAAAGUGUUACACAGAGAAUUCCCGUUUGAGUGGUCAUUAUACACCAAAUCCACUGUGUAAUACACGAACGCCAGUUGAAAUUAUAUUGGAAAAAUGCUGCGGUGUGGAGGGAAAGUUUAUUCCAAAAUACUCAUGGACAGAUGUGAAAGGUGUGGAGGAGGGGACAGGAAGUCAGAUGGAAAAAUGUACUUCAUCAUUAUCUGUUAGAACAGAAAAUACAAGAAUCUAUACGAUAUUUAGAUACAGCUGAAUUGGUUGAUAGUGGAACUGGUGGCUUACGGUGGAAAAUAGGAAUUCUUGAAAAUACAUAAACGACGUGUUUAGUCUGUAAUCAACGCGGGGAAUUGUUGGCGAUUAUACCCAAAUCCUCGUAUAUGACUACAGUGGUGAAAUGUUAUAAAUGUAUUUGCAAAUGCGUUUAUUACUCGUUCACAAAAAGAAUGAUACUGCAAGCGAUCCAUGAUGCAUUUUUGAGGGGUUAAAUAGAAGGUUUUCUUCACGUGAGAGAUUAUCGACGCUUGUUCUGACAACUUGCAUGUUUGGUAAAGCACUAAACCUGACAGCAGCCUAAAAUCUGUAGCCAAUAUCUGGUUUGUGAAAGGACACUGCAAGAUUCACACUGCAUCACUGACACUCCCAGGCCGAAAAGCUGUUUUUACAACCAGAUUCCUCAAGUGAAGAACUGAAAUCUGUUGGCUUUCUUACCAAAACAAUUAUUUAUUGAAAUCCUCUAUUUUCAGUCCCGUGCAGAAUAAAAAUGCCAAGUAGAAUAUUUCCGAAGUGGUUUAAGUGCCAGCUUCAAUAAAUAUUGACUUAUCUCAAUUGUUGUUUAAAUGAUUCCCUUUUUGGACUAAAAAAAAAGAAAGAAAACAGAACAGUUAUGAAUUUGAGACCAACUCCUUCUUCCCUUUCAUUCCCUGACUGCAGCGCCCACUGGUCUCUGCUGGAGAAGGACUGCUCAAAAGACCAUUCAUUUAAAAUUCUACCACAAAUCACAUUUUAUGUGUGUUUAUUUAACCAUGCCAACACAGAACAAGCAAAUCACGCCAAACAUGCAGUUGUUAGAACAUAUACAGUGCCGGUGAAGUCAUCGCUUUAUGAAAAAAUGGAAGGGGGGGGAGAGAAAAAAAAUCAGCCCUCGCUCCAAUCUCGACCACUGAAAGCAAAUCUUUUAGCCUGUUCGCCUGAGAGCUAACAAACGUUAAGCUAAGGAGCUGUCUUGCGGGCUUUAUGAUUGCCAAAGAACAAAGGACAGAUACAGUUGAUACAUUCCAUAACGUUUACAUUUUCCCGCGAUUUUUUUCUUAAUUUUCCCUUAGAAGUAGUGACCUGAGCGAAGCACCCUGCUAUCUAAAAGACACUGUUAUAGACCUUUUAGAAAAACUAAGUCCAAGGCCGAGGUGAACUUCAGGUCACCGCGUCUAACAAAUAUGAAAAUGUCGCCUGGUGAAGGGCACGCCUUGUUAUUUAACAAAGACUGUCAAUGUGUAAGAUUAAUAAGAAACAAAAUGCACACGGUGUCACUUUUCGGUCACUUUGAAACUUGGGACAGGCUUGCAUUCAAGAGGGAAAGCUGGGGCUAAAUAUAUUCAAAAUGGUUCAAAUCAGAUUCAAACCAGGCUGCUGGAGCGCGUUUCUUUCUCCUCGUCCACCCUCUGUGGUGCACGGGGCGAGCUGAAAGGUUGAAUUGAUUUUUCCCCCCCUCCCUCUUUUCUUUUUAAUCAUUUGCUGCUGUAAAUAUAUUUUAGCCGGGCACGCGGGACUUGUAUAUUUCACAAGAAACGGGGAUAACCUUUAUUUAAAACAAAACAAAACAAAACAAAAACACCCAAAACUGUUUGGGUAUGCAUGAGAUUGGAUCCUCUUGGUGCAUGAAGAUUAGUUAUCUCCCUAUCAACUUCAUUUCAGUGAAUGCUCAAACUCUUCCAUGGCAAGAUCCAGCUGGUAAACUUUCAGUAAUUUAUUAAUUGAAUAAUUGUUCUUCACUAGGGAAAUAGGGUGCCUUAUUUCUUAUAAAAAUAAAGUUCUUGCUUUAUUAUUAUUUUUAAGUGGGAUGAUGCUACGAGCUUGCUUAAAAGGAAGUAUCGGGGAAAAGGUUCGGAGAUUGUUUAUUGCAGCCAUAAAUCUUGCAGUAAAAUGUCGAAAUGGCCGUGUGCGAGAUAACACUUGGUGGUCUUGGCUGGGUUCUUGUUUAUGAUAACAAAACCACAAAGACAAGGAACAGGCCUUUGGAGAUCCUGCAUAAGCACGUCUUCACAGCCUGCUAGAACCACAUGAAAAACAGACUUCAGCUGAGCAGCUCGGGUCACCUUGUAGAUUUACAGUCGGAUCCCAAUUGUAGCCUUCUCGUGUAACUGAGCACCAUAAAUACACGAUAAAGGAAAGAAGUCCAGUUAAACAAGUAUACUUGGAGAUCUCAGCCUAGUAAAUAACACAAAACCUGGCCAGAUCUCUGAAUAUAACUAGUCUUGCAAACAAAAUAAGGAAACCUGCUUUCGUUGGAUUGUACUGAGUGUUGGAAGCACGACAGUUUCCGGUAGUAUUGUAACCAGAAUAUACCAGGAGCUGCCUUAGGAGGUGGAUAAUAGUUAUGGUAACAUAGUAGAUUGGGGUCGCGCUCGCCAGCCUGUGUUUGGACGUAUGCAGCUGUGUGUGCAUGCCUAUCUGCGCGCCGAAAACGUCUCUGCUGUUGAUCUGACAAGCUUUCCUUCUCAUUGCAGUCGGUUCUGAAAGGCAUUCUCUUGGAAAAGUCUGUGAAGACGCAAAGGAUUUUCCUGGAAAAAAUGUGGCCAUGUGUAAAGACACAGCAUCCUGGCUGUCUGCUAAAAAAAUGUAUACUUGCUUGGUGGAGAUUCAGUCCCGGACUGCAAAAUAUCACAUGGCAGAUUAUCAUCAUUUAAGAAGUCCUGGGCACCGAAAAAGACGAUCCCUUGAAUUAUAGAAGCUGGGAACAAUUUAGUCCACGGUCUGAAAUUGUGGGAGGUCUACCCGGAGAGGCCAUUGGAGGAAGAACGUCACGUGACAGAGGGGUGCCAAUGUUAUUCUUUAAGGGUGUCAAGACCCUGUCAGUUUGUGAAAUAAAUAUUGGGAAACAACGAAAUGCAAAAAGCGACCUACUACGACAGCUCUGCAAUCUAUGGUGGCUACCCCUACCAAGGAGCAAAUGGUUUCACUUAUAAUGCUAGUCAGCAGCAAUAUCCUCCGUCCUCAUCACUUGUGGAAACUGAAUACCAUCGACCUGCCUGCUCUUUGCAGUCACCUGGCAGUACUGUGUCCCACCAUAAGGCCAAUGAAAUCAAUGAGAGUUGUAUGAGGACCAUCACCAGCCAACCCAUUCAACCCCCAGUUAUUUCAGAGCAGCAACAGCAGCAGCCUCCAGCCCAACAAGCACCACCACCACCACCGCCCUCUGUCUCACCACCUCAAAAUGCCAGCAGCAAUUCUGCCCCAGCCAAUACUUCCAAGAGCCCGAUCAUUAACUCGUCCACCAUGUCCAAACAGAUAUUCCCAUGGAUGAAAGAGUCUCGGCAAAAUACAAAGCAGAAAAACAGCAGUUCCAGUUCAGGUGAGAGUUGCGCUGGUGAUAAAAGCCCUCCAGGGCAAGCCUCCUCUAAAAGAGCACGCACAGCUUACACAAGUGCCCAGCUGGUAGAACUGGAAAAGGAGUUCCACUUCAAUAGAUAUCUUUGCAGGCCACGAAGGGUAGAGAUGGCUAAUUUGCUCAAUCUCACAGAGAGACAGAUCAAAAUAUGGUUUCAAAACCGCAGAAUGAAAUACAAAAAGGAUCAGAAGGGAAAGGGCAUGAUGACCUCUUCAGGAGGACAGUCCCCAAGCAGAAGUCCUGUACCUCCCGCUGCUGGGGGGUAUCUAAACUCUAUGCAUUCUUUAGUAAACAGUGUUCCCUACGAGCCCCAGUCGCCUCCAUCAUUUAACAAGCCUCAUCAAAACACCUAUGGCAUCCCUGCAUCAUAUCCGACUCCUCUCAAUAAUUGCCCGCCUCCUCAAAAGAGAUACACGGGGACAGCAGCUGUUACUCCUGAAUAUGAUACUCAUCCUCUUCAAGGCAACAGUUAUGGGAAUCCACAUAUACAGGGAAGCCCCGUCUAUGUGGGGGGCAACUAUGUGGAGACCAUGACAAAUACUGGCCCUUCCAUCUUUGGUCUAACUCAUCUCCCUCAUCCUUCCUCUGCCAACAUGGACUACAGUGGGGCUGGCCCAAUGACCAACAAUCACCACCAUGGACCUUGUGAUCCACACCCAACAUACACAGACCUUACUUCUCACCAUCCUUCUCAGGGAAGAAUUCAGGAAGCGCCCAAACUCACGCAUCUGUAAUAGACAGGAGUUACUGAGUGAAACGUGGAGUCCCCCAACUUUUUUAAAGUACUUUCCGUCCCUCCAGCCCCUCCCCCUUUUGUUUUGUUUUGGUUUUUUGUUUGGGUUUGUUUUGUUUCCUUUGGUAAAAGCGUUUUCUAGUUUCUGUGACGUAGCAAUAUUUGUUGCUUGAAUUGCUCUAUAGUUUCAAUAGUGAAUAUUUAUCUUCUUGAACUGUAGCCUUGUGUCUCGCUUUGGGAGUAUACAUAGGCUUUAUACUUUACCUUCUACACUUUUAUCAAAACAGGGUAUAUGAACAAAUUUUCUAUACAAAUGAUUCUGAAAUGUGAAUUUGUUCGUACAUGAUUGAUCCCGCGGGGAAGCAAUUUUUUUUAUUGCACUUCUUUUAAAUAGCGAGAAAGACAUCAAAGGCGCUUGAACAGGGAUUCCCUGGACAAUUAUUAAUACGUGUAAGUCUUUCAAUGUGUGUAUGCUGGUGAACAUUCAGAUUUAUUUAUAUUUUUUUUGCAAACAUUGAAUAAUCUAAGUGUUUAAAAUUUUAUUUAUCCCCAUCUGUUCAUAUUUAUAUAUAUAUUAAAAAAAAUCUGUACCCUGAAUAUUCAGGAGGCCGUAUGUUAGAUGGCAUAUUGGCACAGGUAGGAAAUAUCGUUUGAAAGGAAACUCUAAGUCCUUUAUGAAAAAGUAAAUAUAAUGAUGCAAUAAGAUCCGGGAGGAAAAAAAAAGACAUAGAUCACAAUUUGAAUAAUUUAUGCUUUGUAACAUCCAGCAAAACGGAAAAUGUGUAAACCUGAAAACACUAGAUUUGUUUUGAAAGUUAUACAUUCCUUGCUGCUCACGUUCUGAAAAAAAUAAAGUUUUUAUUCUGAAUAACAAA